AUGAUCCGUCGCGACGAAAUGUCCCCCGAGAUGUGGGCUGCGAUGUGCACACCCAUUAACGAAGUCAUUGCUGCCGACUCCCGAAAGGGGACAGGCGCACUUUACAUCGGCUCGUGGUUCGCCAGCGUCGACCCCGAGUUACUAGCAACAUACAAUAUUCAACAAAUUGUCGCAAUCAUCGACAGCAGUAUGUGCUUCGUGCCGCCUUCGGAGGGCCGAGGCGCAUAUAAGAUCCCGCUUGAGGAUAGUUCCCGAGCAGACUUGAAACCCCAUCUCGACGGCGCUUGCCGCUUCAUCGCCGAGCAGCUCGAGAAGGGUAACAACGUCCUCGUGCACUGUCAACAGGGCAUCUCGCGCAGCGCAUCCAUCAUUGUUGCGUACCUAAUUCAGGAAGAAGAGAUGAGUUACGACGAAGCACUUGCAACGGUGAAGAGCAAGCGGCUGUGUGUGCAGCCCAAUUGCGGGUUUGAGCGGACCCUGCGAACUUGGGAAAAGGAGAUCCGACAGACGAGCUGUUGUUGA